GAUGAUAAAAAUGUGAGAACUACCCUUCCGCUCGGAUUAACGCACCGUCGUCUCUCCGGGGGGAAAAAACUGCAACACUGAGAAGCAAACCUCCCUUCGCAACCUUCCCCUGUCUCCGGCCCUGCGUUCUCAUGGCGUACUUCUCUGGGUCUCGCGAUACAUGCCCUUCAGUGAAGAACAUUCUUCUGCUGGACUCUGAAGGGAAGCGUGUUGCUGUCAAGUACUACUCGGAUGAUUGGCCUACUAACAGCUCAAAAUUAGCAUUUGAGAAGUCUGUGUUCACCAAAACUCUGAAGACUAAUGCUCGGACAGAAGCUGAGAUAGCAAUGUUCGAGAACAACAUUGUUAUCUACAAGUUUGUGCAGGACCUGCACUUCUUUGUGACUGGAGGAGACGAUGAAAAUGAGCUCAUAUUAGCUGCCGUGCUUCAGGGAUUCUUUGAUGCAGUUGCCCUUCUCCUGAGGAAUAAUGUCGACAAAAGGGAGGCCCUUGAGAACUUGGAUCUAAUUCUUUUGUGCCUUGAUGAGAUCGUUGAUGGAGGGAUGAUUCUCGAAACAGAUGCUACUUCCAUUGCGGCGAAAGUUGCAGCCCACAGCGCAGAUUCUGGAGCACCCUUGUCUGAGCAGACGAUCACCCAAGCUCUGGCCAUAGCUCGUGAGCAUCUGACGAGAUCGCUUCUCAAUUGAUUCCGAGAUUUUCAUCACUUAAGAGGAUAAAUAAGUUCACUCCCUUUGCGUUAUUGUAAUUCUUUUUUCAUCUUCUUCUCCUUCCCAUAUCUUGCAGAUUUGGGAUGGUUUAUUCUUUUCUCCAAAACAGCCAUUGGAUUAUUGUGAUCUUUACUCAUUUCAUUUGGGCUUCUAUGGGUUUUUGCUUUAUUGGAUGCCACAAUGGCUUCUUGAC